AUGUUGUGUGAAGAAGGAUCGUUUUUGGUCAGGGACAGUCACAGCGAUAACCAUUUAUUUGCAAUAAGUUAUAAGCAUGAAGAUAAAGUUCUGCAUUCACGAGUGGAGACUAGCGGUCAGUACGCUCAUCUAGGAGGGCCGCUUUCGCUCGAGCGAUCCGAAAGUGUUGUAGAAUUAUUGAAACAUGCAGUACAAGUGAGUACGAGUCUCAAUAUGAUAUCCUUCACGAAAGAACGUGACAUACUCAUUCACCGACGAGGCGCAGAAGCGGAAGCCUCCGGAAUUCAUUUACGAUAUCCAUUAUCGCGUAUACAGUUGCUUCCGCGGUUACAGUAUCUUUGUCGCUUGAAGAUAAGAUUAUUAUCGCGACCAGACAAGCUCUCUUCAUUACCACUGCCUCCUCCUUUGCUAGCUUACGUAUCAGAUCCAAAAUUUCUGAUUCCGAACAUGCGAGAAUGCCUUCGAGUCUUAGAAGAGAGGAAGAAAAGACUUGGAAUAACUUAA